CAUAAAUGAUGCACAUCUACUAGAAAAAUUCGUUAGUAACGGCCGGCGUCAGUUACUCACGAAUCACGAUGAAAAAAAUCGCCCUAGGGUACGCUCUGCACGCGUUGAUGGUUUUGUCUGCGUUUUUAGCAGUUGCCGUCAUGGGACUUUGCUUGUGGCUCCGUUACGAGUGGGACUUUAAGCACUACGUGUACGAACUGGAAGCUCAGAAAGUUAUGUGGACUGGACCGUACCUUCUGAUCGCAUCGUCUAGUCUGGUAAUGGCAACAUCCGCCGUUGGAGCCUGGGCUAUUGCCACUGAACACUGUCGACUACUUUUAUUGUUCGCACUGGGCAGCGGUAUGUCGGUAAUCCUAGGGCUAACUGGAGUAUCUUACACGCUCACCUAUGGAAUCUAUCAUUCAGAUUUAACUCCAUGGCUGGAAGAGCGUUUUUGGGUCCUCUUUCACGAGAUGGAUUACAACGAGAGAUCUGCUCGCAUCAUUCGAAUCAUCCAGGAGGAUAUUCAAUGCUGUGGACCUUCGGACUGGAGAGAUUACCCAUCGUUCAAUAAAGUCGUACCUGACGAAUGCCGCAAUCCUGCGACUGGCAAUAUAGCGGGCGGCAGUUGCGCGGAAGAAUUCGCCCUCUGGAUGGAACCCAAAUCUGGAUGGCUUUCUGGCAUCGCUUUACUACUUGUAGCCACGCAGGUUGAAUUUUUAUACCACGUGAAAAUUGAGCAACUGGACUAAUAUUCAAACAAUGAU